AUGCCAGGGAGAAGUAACUCUUGGCACAAUCAUUAAACGGACAAAUUUAAACUGAUAUUAGUUUUCUUGAUUGUGAGGUGUGGGGAGGUUAUGAAUGCAGAUUGUUAAAUCGUGGAAUAUUUUUGAAAAUUUGCUAUCAUAAUUUUGUUUUUAGAAGGCAUUUUUUAAAAAGCAAAUUUGCAAUUUACAUAUCUGCUGUCAACAUUAUUGAGGAACUAGCUGCCUGAGCAUCCUGUCACAAGACCAGUGCGAGACUGAGCAGUCAAGGCCGUACCGUGAAGAUAAAAGAGAAAUUAACAUGUCAGACUCACUGGUUGUGUGUGAAGUAGAUCCCAAGCUUUUGGAAAAGCUGAAGAAGUUCCGCUUCCGCAAAGAGACAACCAACGCCGCCAUCAUCAUCAAAGUCGACAGAGAAAGCCAACAGAUGGUACUGGAGGAAGAGCACGAGGGUAUUUCUCCAGAUGAACUGAGGAAUGAAAUUCCAGAGAGACAACCUCGAUUUAUAGUUUAUAGCUAUAAGUAUGUUCACCACGAUAACAGGGUGUCCUAUCCAAUGUGCUUGAUUUUCAGCAGCCCCCAAGGAUGUAACCCUCAGCAACAGAUGAUGUAUGCCGGCAGUAAAAACAGACUGGUGCAACUUGGAAAGCUCACCAAGGUCUUUGAGAUUCGGAACAUUGAUGAACUUACCGAGGAUUGGUUGCGUGAGAAACUCGCAUUCUUUCGUUGAUUACUGGCACAAUCUUUAAAAAGUGUUCAUUUCUGAAAAUUUAAUGUGUUUAAGACAUAUUAAAUAAAUUUUACAUUU